CUCUGAAGCACACACUUCUCCAUUCAUCUCCUCUGCACCUGCUCCAGGCAACAGCAUGAUAAACACCUACACCACCACUCUGCCUCCACCGCCGCCAGCACCCAGCUCCAGAGCGCCACUACCAGUCAUGAAAUCCUUCAUUGGCUUCCUGGGCUUCUUGAUUUUGGCUCAGAUGGUGGGAUCAGCCUUCCUUUUCAUGUAUAUAUUUAAAAGAAUGGACGAGGUCCAGACUCUGAUGAGCUACCAUGAAGAUAUGGUGGUACUGAAAAGAAUAAAGCAAUGUGAAAAACCAAGCGACAUCAGAAAUACACACCUGGACUGUGGGAAGGUCGUCACGGAUUUUCAGAAGCUACUUCCAGAGAUUAUUUCAAGACUGAGGGAUACUGAGAAAGCUGAAAUGGCGAAAGGUCAACUCCCUUCAGAUCAGAAUCAGGACAGCCAAGACCAAAAAUUAAUUGCUCAGCUGACCGUUCGAUCUCCCUCCUCGUUAACCAGCCUAUCAGGCAACACCAUUAAACUCUGGUCUAAAGACCACAUGCUGUUGACGACCAGAUCCGUGAUCUAUGAGGAAAGCACUGGCUCCUUGCGGAUCAAGAGACCUGGAAAUUACUAUAUCUAUUCUCAAACCACCUUCGUAAAAAAGCCGCGAGCCAGUCCUUUCAGCCAAUGCAUUGUGCAAAAAGAUAUUUCCGGAAAGGAGACCCAACUGUUGAGGUCCUAUAGCACCCCGGGUCGCGAUGUAACUGCCAAACCAGACCCUGAGCUGCACACGUUGUAUCAGGGAGCGAUGUUCACACUGAAGGAGGAUGACCGAGUGUACGUGAAUGUGUCUGAUUUAUCAGUCUUGCAUUGGAAUGGCACGGCAACACUGUUUGGAUUAGUUCUGCAAUAGACUUUUCUAGAAAGACAACCAGCAGCCAGUGGCUAUGGCUUCAAUUUGGACAACAUGUGUACAAGUUAAACACCAGUCAACAGAGCCAGGGAACAAUAUAGGACACGCUGAGAUGUUUCUACUGAAUAUUUAAAAACUAAUUAAAUCUUGUAUACAGUACAGAAAGUAGGAGUAUUCUUGAUUUAGUUCUAUUGAAACACAUCAUUCAUGAUGCAUGCAUAAACGAUGACAUCAUGAGCACUAGAACUAUGAAUCAUAAUCUAACUGAUUUUUGAUAUUAUAAUAAUUUAUUAUGAAUAUGUAGGGAAAAAAAUGGGGCAUGUUUUCAAAAAGUUUGCCCCAGUGUUUAAUUCCAACCCCACUUUUUUAAAAGAGAAAAUUAAAAUGAAGAAAAACACACAACUAAAGAGAGUUAGUUGUUUUUGUCAGUUCUAUCUAGUUGCCUGGCUCUAGUUUAAUUAAUUGAACAGGUGUAAAAAAAAAAGACAGGAGCCAAUGCUUUGGAAAGAUGUGCUUUUAACAGUAGCACUACAGCUUAGCUAUGAUGCAAGUCCAUGUGUAUUUAUGUUCAUUCCAUGGUAAAAUAACCAAUUAAAAAUAUAUCAUUAUUUAUUUAUUUUUCUACCAAAGAACAUAUUUUUUUAAUUCUAUUUUUGGAUAGAAUGUAUAUAGUCCCCUGUAGUCUCCCCUGGCAGACACAGAAUGAGAAACAGUUCACCUUGUAAAAAUGCCAGCAUAGACACAGAUUGUUAAAUCCAUGCACAGUACAGUGGGUUUAUAAAAUGCCAUUGAUACUUGAACGCUUUACAACGGAAACAGUCAACGCAUGGGACUGCCUGACUUCUUAAAGGGACAAGUUGAUGGGACUGCCUGACUUCUUAAAGGGACGAGUUGAUGGGACUGCCUGACUUCUUAAAGUGACGAGUUGGGUGCCAUACUCUAAAGAAGGAUGAGCUUCCCGGCCUGGAAUCAAAUUAAAAAAAAUACCUUCUAAUCAAAGCCGCGUGGACAGCGAGCAUGAAUCUACCUUGAUUCUUAUCAUCUGGUAUCACGCAGCCAUAUGACGUGCCUACAGAGACCAUCGACGACAAAAAGUUAUCUGGAGGGACUCAUUUUGCCUGCAGAGGAUUUCAACCAGACCCUGCUUGUUUGGACUACCAUUGCACGUGCUGUGCUGUGAAGCUGGCAUUAUUGAUCGGGUGCACUCAGGAGCAUUGCGGGUCAUGAUUGAAAUGCUGCACAGCCUCCACUGGAUCUCGACCAGGCACUUACAGGUUAACCUAGCUGUGAUCCAAUAUCGACUUCAACCCUAUUGCCCCAGUUAGCAGCUUGAUUUGUAUUGGUCAAUCUGCUUUGCACCUUGCUUGUCAUUACCUAUUAUGUUCUUGACAUCACCUUUACAGACGAUGCAAAAAAUUCAACACUGAUGCCCACUCCCCCCUCACUGGUAACGAUUGUCAACUAUGUCUGUGAAUAAGGGCUAUACCAUAUCGAAUAAGCCUAAACCCAUGUGCUUUCUGAGGUGCAAUGAUUUAAAUCAUUUGGGAGUCACAUUCAAGCCUGAUUUUCACCAGUGUUUUGUAAGGAUAACUCUUCUAUUCUUUGUGCAUGCUCUCAGCACUGAAUCUGUCAAAUGGGGGGGGGGUACCACAAAAUAUUCUGAUCCUUGUUGUAAAUGCGUAACUGUCAAUAACUGAAAUAUCAGCGACUUGUAAUUGACACUGAACUUCAGACAAACCAAAAUGCUCAUUCCAAGAGACAUGCUUAUGGGACUUGAGAAUAUCGCGUGGUGCCAUGCGCUCUUUGUGAGUGCAUUCACAUGCACACAGUUACAUCGGAAUGAACUGGGAUUUUUUUCUCUGACUCACAAUGUGUUUGUAAAACCACUGGAGUGUACAUGUUAGUGUUCUCGUAUCUUCGAUUAGUAAAAAGUGAAGUAAUUUAUUGUUCAGUUUUUUUUUCAC